GAUAACUCGAAAAAAUGAUUUAUUUAGAUUCUUUUAUUAUAUAUUUGAAUUCCAUUACCUACUCCCGCCUUAAUAAAACAGGUUUAUAUAAAAAUUAUUCACAGAAGCGGUUGAAGCAUUAACCCAUUUAUGCGAGUCACUCAAUAGGAGUUAACUCACCUUAAUGAGUUAUUAUUUCCAUCUCUUGUUUAUAUAUGACCUUGUCCUGCGUCUCACAGCAUCCUAUAGAGUGUACAGCUUAUUUGUUCUUUAGUAUAAUUUUUGUCUCAAUUACAAUGUGCCAGGAGAAAAGCAUAAUCAAAGAAAUAAUUAAUAAUAAAAAAUAUAAAUCAUGUGAAUAAUAAAUUUUCGUACAACAUUCCCUUAUCGCCCCUCAAGCCAUAUGAAAGAUUUCACAAAACGUACUGUAGUGUUAACCUGUUACUGCUUUUACUUCUGUACGCAUGGGUGGUGGACUGUCAGAAAGAAUUCUCACCACACACGGCUACUCUCUCACCAUUCAUCGCUGUAUUGAAGGAUAUGUUUCAUUGUGAAAUGAUGUGUACCAGUUCCAGUUAACGGUUACCAAUGUCGAGCUAAAGCCUGGCUUGGGGUUCACUUUUACCAUCUUUCCAAUACAGUAAAACUUGUCUCUCAAGGGCAUCGGGGGUUGCCCGGCAACAGCAACGCCUUCCAAAAUGCAACGAGAUUCCCAAAUAGCACAUCGGCCAGGUCUUGUGCACCUCACAGUGUUGCGCCAAAACCAGUUGAAUGCUCUCCGGUGUAGGGUCAAGCAACGUUUUUUUUUUGGAUUUUUGCAAGUGAAUGUCCAUCGAGUAGAACAGGUGAUUUUUGUUGUCUUGAUGUAUCACUACAUACGCAACGAACGGAAUUCACACAUAUACACACUUACGGUAAAGCAUAUACACACUCAAACAAAGUAAGAGAAGCUGUCGAAUUUUAAUAUAGGUUUAGGUGUGAAAUUAAAAGACUUGACUUUCCGAAAGCAAGCGACGAACCCGAUCGAAAUUUUUGAACUAAUUCUUUCACUACGCAGCAUUUUGUCGACUAAUCGCUAUGCAAAAUCUCUUUGCCGCACGGCUUCACAGUUAGCUUUUGUUUUGUGUUGGUGAGCUGGGGCUCGCACCAGCCUCCAAACGCCAGAGAUGAAAGGCACACAGAAUCAGGCAAACGCUUUUCUAAGCCCUUCCCGUCACCGAUCACCCAUGAUCUGCACCGGGACUCACCUGCAGCACCUCGCGCACCUAACAUGUACCGCUAGUGUUUGUGCUGCCACAGUACCGCAGCAAACGCGAAGAAUGCGCACAUGCCGGGGCUCGAUCUUCUCGUGAAAGGUCGAUCUUUCCAAAUGCUCUCGCUCGUGUAUGAGUGUAUGAGUAGGGCGCGCAUACGCGCAUUUAACCAUUUAUUCAGUUAUUUUCUAUGCGUUGUUCUUCAUUCGUUCUGAUUUUUCGUUUUCCUAUUCUUCUGUCUCUUUUAUCUCUUCUUCGUCUCCAUCAGCUGUGGGUUUUCUGUUUAAUGCCUCUGCGUUCCUCUCGAUCAUGAGGCCGUUGUUUAUUCGUAAAUAUUCGUCAACGGGUGCCAAACCGAACGGCGCAAACCCCGGGAACUUCUCGUCGUUCGGAUACACGGUUCGAAAAUUCAUCGCGUGCGGGCCGCGUGUGCAGGUUGUGUAUAGUGUACGGAACCGGGAUCGUGUGCCUGGUCGCGGGUUGCAUAAGACUUUACAGUCUCUGCUGGGUCGGUUGCAGGUUUCCGGUCAAAAGUAUCGUUCCCGAUCGCGUUCGUUGCGCUGCAAGCGUACUCGCACUAUGUGUUUGUGAAAAAAAUCCAGUGUCGAAUGUAGCAAGUGUAACGUGCAGUUGCAUUGAGUUUUUUCCAACUAUACGUAAAACACUCCCUUUUACUGCAACAUGUCGUCGAACCCGUGCAAACACGGCGACCGAGAGAAGGAUCAGAAUAAUAAUUUCGUUAACUCGACCGCCCACGGUGGGGCGGGAAUUGAUCGCGAGGCACGGGCUCGCCGUAUUGCGUCCCGAACGGCAAGAGAUGAUCUUCAUCAGCAAAUGUUGCGAGGUGCUCGAACUCAGCAACACUACCACAGCCAGCAGCACCAGCAGCAACAAUCAGGUGGCAGUCCGCGCGGUGACAAAGACGUGGCAGCGAGUGCGGGAUGUCACGGUGGGGGAUCACAAGUGACCGCUAAAGUUAUGUGGGGCAAUGUCAGUGCCAUCAAGGAGCUUCGUGAACAGGAGCAAAACGAACGACAACUCGGAACUCGCACAGCAGGACGUCGACAGUGAGCGUGUCCUGUGUGGUACGCACCAAAACGCAUUGUGAGUGUGUGCACGCAAUUGUUUUUUUUUUAUCAUUCUUAUGUUUUCAUGAACAAUAUCGUCCGAUAAGAACAUUUAGCUCGUAUGGUUUGAGUCUUUAACUUCCUAAAUGCUUCUGGUUCCAUCACGUCGUGCUGUGAAUAGCUAAUUUUACAAUUUAAAACAAACG